CUCACUCUGAGACACAGCUGACACUGUUUUUGGUCUCGAUAAAGGUGACAGCGCACCACCUUUUGUUUAGAAGCCCUUGACUGCAGGUGAAGAGCGGCCGUGCUGUGAAUCCAGAAGACCACCAUGAGGACCAGUCACAUCCUUCUGCUCUGCGCCCUGGGAGCUGCGCUGCUUUCCUCGGUCAUCUGCAACAAUGCGAUCGGUCCCGACAACUGCUGCUUCAGAUUCUACCCGAGAAGAAUGAAAAAGAGCUUCAUCAAGUCAUAUUACAUGACUGAUGACCGCUGCCCGAAGACUGGAGUCAUUCUGGUUUCACGAAAGUCUCAUCCCAUCUGUGCAGAUCCUAAUCUCUCCUGGGUGGAGAACAUCAUGAAAAGUCUGGACAUGGAGUCCCUUUAAACUUCUUCAAAGUCAGAGGCUUUCGUUGCUUUAUCCAGUCACAUAUAAUGAAACGCAUGUUCCCACACAGUCAUGAUUUUGAUGUUUGUGUGCAAAUAUGAUACAAUAUUUAGUCUCCAAGUGGAGUCUUUUUGAGCUUGCAUUGCCACACUGACCGACUUCUCUCGUUUUUUUGCCUUUUCUUUUGGAUGCUUUGUAUCAGCCAACAUAUCAUACAGCAUAAAGCUCAUGAAAAUAAAGAACGUUGUGAAAACUU